UUACUUAAAUAAAUGCUUAUAAAGACUCAGCCAAGGAGGAGCUUUUUAAACCAGCUCAAAAAUCCCUUGUCUUCUCAGCCUGGCUGCAACGUCCCAGCCUCUCCCUGUUCACCUUCCCCUGCAAACCCACCGGGCAAGGCACAGUGCCAGCGAUGCCCAGCGCCCUGCACCCAGCUCGGCCAAGCCACGCAAAAACUCAAUUUAACUCCUUCUCCUGCCCACCAGCAAAACCCUUCCAGCAGACGACGGCGAAGCUGUAAAUCCCCCCCGCGCCCUUCCUCAGCAGGCAGCAACAAGGCUGGAUUUGUCUCCCAGCAGCCAAGCUUAGUGCAAGGCGCCCAGUUAUGGGAGAUGAUCAAACCUUUCGUGCUCGUCCCCACCCAGCCUGACCCCAAACACCCUUAAACCCCGACCGAGGGAAGCGCUCGCCCCGCUCCUUGUGACAGCAUCGCUGCUCGGGGGCCCCUCAGAGCCCCCAGGUUUUGGGCAGCUUGGGGGGAGCCUUUCUCCCCACGGGGCGAGCAGGAGCCGUGCUGGCAGCGGGACCCAGCCCUGGCAGGGAUCAGGUCUCGUAGCCAUAGCAGCGGGGUAUUUAUUACAGCCCGGCCACACUCCACCCCGGGGCUGGCGGACUUUAGCCCUGAAUAGAAAAGAAAAGUAGCAGCCGACACCUCCGACCCCGCCAGGCAGCGUCAAACACAAGGAGAGCCCCCAAACCAAUGGCAAAAUUUCUUUCCCAGGAUCAAAUUAAUGAGUUCAAGGAAUGUUUUUCCCUGUACGACAAGAAACAAAAAGGCAAGAUAAAAGCCUCCGACCUGAUGGCAGUGAUGCGGUGCCUGGGAGCCAGCCCGACGCCGGGAGAGGUGCAGAGACACCUGCUCUUGCAGAAGAUUGACAGAAACGCAGAGUUGGAUUUCUCCACUUUCCUGAAUAUAAUGUACAGGCAAAUGAAGCAGGAGGAACCCGAGAAGGAAAUCCUCACGGCCUUGUCCAUGAUAGACAGGCAGAAUAAAGGCGUUAUCAGCGUUUCGGAGCUGCGAGCCAAACUUACAAGAUUAGGAGAAAAGCUUUCCGAGGAAGAAGUGGAUGACCUGCUAAAAGAAGCCAAAGUUGGACCAAAUGGAACAAUGAAAUAUGAUGAAUUUGUCCGCAUGAUUUGUCUUCCUACAGCUGACUAUUAAAAUUCAAACCGAAGAGAUUUGAUAAGAGCAGGACCCAGAACUUUGAAUUCAGUUUUCCCUAGUUACUACUUAGACUCAGGAAUCAUCAUUUGCAUUUAAAAAUCCUUAUUUUGCCUUCAUGAUAGUGCUUAUGCUUACAACACAGGUUCCCACCCCGUCUCCGGAGAAAUGCUGUCACAGAAUGUGAGCUCUCUCUUAUUGAAAUAAAUUGAAUGUGACAUUC